ACUGCAUUUGCAAGCACUGCUGCAAUGCGCACACAAAAGCUAAGAUGGGUUCCAUAGAAGUAGCUACUAAGCCACAUGCUGUUUGCAUUCCAGUUCCUGCUCAAAGUCAUAUCAAGGCAAUGCUUAAAUUUGCAAAGCUCCUCCACCACAGAGGUUUUCAUAUAACCUUUGUUAACACAGAGUUCAAUCACAAGCGUUUUCUUAAUUCUCUAGGACCCAAUUCCCUUAAUGGCUUGCCUGAUUUUCAAUUUGAAGCCAUCCCGGAUAGCCUUCCGGAUUCAGAUGAAGAUGCCUCACAAGAUGUCACCUUGCUUUGUGAAUCCAUCAGAAAACAAAAUUUCUUGGCUCCCUUUCUUGCCCUCCUUGCAAAACUCAACAAUGAUGCCAUAUCAACAUCCAGCAAUCCUCCUGUGACUUGCAUAGUUUCAGAUGGUUUCAUGUCCACGUUCACAAUCACAGCUGCUGAAGAAAUCGGAGUCCCUAUAGUGCUGUUCUACACUAUAGCUGCCUGCAGCUUCAUGGGAUUUAAACAAAUUCGUGCUUUGGUCGAAAAAGGACUUGCACCACUCAAAGAUGAGAGCUGUUUCACAAAUGGCUAUCUGGACACCGUAAUAGAUUGGAUCCCAGGAAUGAGAGAUAUCCGUUUAAGGGAUCUCCCGACCUUCUUUCGUACCACAAAUCCGGAUGACAUCAUGUUUAACUUCAUCAUGGAAGAAACCGAUAGAGCUCAUGAAGCUUCAGCAAUCAUUAUUCAUACUUUUGAUGCCUUGGAGCCAGAUGUUUUGGAUGCUCUCUCAUCUAUGCUUCCCCAUGUAUACACCGUUGGCCCUCUUCAAUUGCAUCUCAAUCAGAUACCAGAACACCCUUUGAAAAUGGGAUACAGUCUAUGGAAAGAAGAAACUGAAUGCCUCGAGUGGCUAAACACCAAGGCACCAAACUCAGUUGUCUAUGUGAAUUUCGGCAGUAUAGCAGUCGUGACACCAGAACAGCUUGUGGAGUUUGGGUGGGGACUUGCAAAUAGCAAACUUCCAUUUUUUUGGGUAAUUAGACCUGAUCUUGUUAUUGGAGAAUCGGCUAUUUUGCCGCCAGAGUUUGUGGCUGAAACUAAGGAAAGAGGUCUAAUAGCUGGGUGGUGCCCACAAGAGCAAGUCCUUAACCACCCAUCAGUUGGAGGAUUUUUAACGCACAGCGGUUGGAAUUCAACAGUUGAGAGCAUUACUGCAGGAGUUCCUAUGCUCUGUUGGCCAUUCUUCGGAGACCAGCAAAUGGACUGUCGCUAUACUUGCAAUGAAUGGGGCAUUGGCAUGGAGAUUAGUAAUGAUGUGAAGAGGGAUGAGGUAGAGAAGCUUGUCAAAGAGUUAAUGGAGGGUGAGAAGGGUAAGAAGAUGAAAAAUAAGGUCAUGAAGUGGAAGAAACUUGCAGAAGAUGCUACUGGUCCACAUGGUUCUUCGUUCACAAACUUAGACAAUUUAGUGAAUCAAGUGCUAUUGAGAUAAAGUUAAAGAUGUUUCCAUAAGAAUAUUGAUGUUAGUUAUCAUUUCCGUAAGAAUGUUAGACAAUCUGUAACCUGUUACUAUAUGUAGAAUUUUAUUCUGAUUAAGGUUUCACUAUGCUUCAAGCCUUCAACUCUGAA